AUGUCAGAAGGAAGUACCUGUACUGUAUGUUUAAUUAGAGUUGGAAAGACAUUAGAUAUAAAAUGGUUGGAGUUUUUUCAAAACUUCGGUCUUCAACAUGAAAAUAUCACUCUUUGUGAUUUGUGUAUGUUAACACUACUCAAAGUGAAGAAAUUCAUGAAUUUACUCCAAAAGUCUAUCCAAGUAACAAGACUUAUUGAAAUAGAAAAACCGUUUGAUUUUGUUAUUACAAAAUUAGAAGCAAUAGAUAUCUUACCAUGUGUAGAAGUAUACAUAGACAGUGAACACAGAAAUGUUGAAGAUGAUGAUGAUGAACACCAAAGUUCUAUAUUUGAGGUAGAUGGACUGAAAAAUGAACAAGAUUAUUCCACGGAAAGUCUAAAUAUGAAUGAGGAGAAGACUGAAAAUAUUAGUGAACGGAAUGCGUCCGACAUGAACUUUGAGGUGACAUAUCUAUCGCUGGAGGAACAAAAGAACGAGAUCCAAUUUAAAAAGAAAUCCGUGAAAUUUAUGAACAUGCUGUAUAAAUGCGAAAAGUGCGGAAUUGGUUUUGUUUCGCAGGACGCGUUUCAGGAUCAUAAUUUAAGGCAUGAAAAUGACACAGCAGCUCACGUUUGCCCGAUAUGCUGUCUCCACUUCAAGUCCCAACUUGUCUUGUCCCAACAUAAGUUGAGUCACAAGCGCCGCUUUCGAUGCACGUUAUGCGGAGAAGCGUUCAAACGGUGGGCCCAUGCGCUGGGACACAGGGCCACUUGUGGGACUGAUCCGAUAGUUGCCGCUUGCGACGUGUGCCAAAAAAUAUUUACUAACACGCACUCUCUCGAAAUACAUAAAAUGGCGCACUUGAGGGAUAAUAGAUUUAUUUGCAACGAGUGCUCGAAAAGUUUCAGGACGAAACAACAUAUUAUUACCCAUUUGAGAACACAUACAGGCAUAAAACCAUACGAGUGUACAAUAUGUGGAAAAGCGUUCACAACACAUUCAAACUUGAAGUCGCACAAGGUUGUCCAUAGUAAUGACAGGUCGUUUUACUGUGUCGAAUGUGAUAAGACUUUUAAGAGUGAUAAAAGCCUCAAACGGCACUACGUGAGCUUAAAACAUACUGAGGUGAAACAAUAUUCAUGUACAGCGUGCUUAAGAACAUUUGAUUCGUCCACUGCUUUAACAUCGCAUAGACAAAGUCACACGUCAACUGAAUGUUUCAAAUGUAAAAAGAUUUUCACGAGCCCUUCAAAUUUAAAUAAACAUCUGAAUAACGUUCACGCAAAGGAAAGAAAUAAAUUCAAGAUACUUACUUCUGCGGCUCAGUUGUAA